AUGAGAAGAGACUUUGAAUCUUUUACAAAAAAGUCAGUAAGUGUCGGAGUCAAUUUGAGGAACAUUGUCAUCAAGCGUGUAGCACGGCAAAUGUAUCGGAUUGGAAACACUGGUGCUGGUUAUGAUUACUCUGCUGGAACAUUCUCGCCUGAGGGCCGAAUCUUUCAAGUCGAGUACGCGAAAAAGGCCGUCGAAAACAGCGGUACAACAAUUGGCAUUAAAUGCACGGAUGGUAUCAUUAUGGGAGUGGAAAAGACACUGCUCAGCAAAAUGCUGGUACCUGGAACGCACCGUCGGGUCUACGCCAUUGAUCGUCACGUUGGUCUGUCCAUGGCAGGACUUGUAGCUGAUGGUCGUCAGUUGGUGAAUCGUGCGCGUGAAGAGGCACUUAAUUACAAGAAGAACUACGGGUGCAGUAUACCACCACACCUGCUGGCAGAGCGCAUGGGCCAAUUUGUGCACUACUACACGUUGUACGGCUCCAUCCGUCCCUUUGGCACGGCUAUCAUGCUUGCUGGCUACGACCAGGACACUAACAAGUCUAGUCUCUACAUAGUAGAGCCCUCUGGAGUUACUUAUAGCUAUCGGGGAUGUGCACUGGGCAAGGGUCAGCAGUCGGCCAAGACAGAGAUUGAAAAGCACAAGCUUUUUGACAUGACGUGUCGUGAAGCCAUGAAAUAUGUUGCUAAGAUUCUGAAUACGCUGCACGACGAGGUGCGUCACCCGUUUGAGUUGGAACUAAGCUGGAUCUGCGAGGAGACGAAGUGGCAGCACCAUCUUGUGCCGGACAAUUUGCGUGAUGAGGUGAACGAGUGGGCCGUUCAGUCUAUCAAGGAAGAUGAAAUGGCUGAUGACGACGACGAUGACGAUGAAUAG